AUGGCCAACUUGAAAACUACCAUGUCAAGAAAACUCAAAAUACCUCUGAGUAAAGUGGGCUCGCCGUUCCGCUUCACCUGUCACCAUUGCUCCAAGAACUUCUAUCACAAGAAUGACUUCCGAAAACAUGUGAGGGUACACACAGGAGAGAAGCCUUAUGCCUGUCCAUACUGCCCGUAUCGAGCAGCGCUCGUACAGUCGAUGGCUCGUGCAUCUGCAGCCGUGAGGCAUCGUGGCCAUGUGUGCGCCAUCUGCAACAAGGCCUUCGAGACGCGGUACAAGCUGGAGCGCCACCAACGGACUCACACUGGAGAGAAGCCCUAUGCUUGUCCCUAUUGUCCUCACCGAUGUAAUCAGCGUGACAAUCUCAAAGCCCAUAUCGCUAGUAGACACAAAGAAUUCUACGAUCAUGUUAGCUUUGAAUUUAAAUGA